AUGAUAGGACAUAGAAUCAAACUACUUCGUAUAAGAUUAGAAGAAAUGCCAGAACAAAAUAUCUUUCUCUAUGUUACAAAAAUGAAAGGCGCUACCGCAAAUAAGAUGAAAAUGGGUUUGUCUUUAUACAGAAAUAUCGCUGAUGUUUUGGAUAUAAUCAAACCAGAAUUAAAUGCUCAAAUGUUUUUAAGUCUUAUAUGGGGCGUGCCGAAGAUAAUCUACGAUAUUUACCAAAUGCUUUUAUUCUUUGAAGAUCGUGCACCAUUACAAUUGUUGAUUCUAACAACAAUACAUCUAAUCCAUAUAACGUUCCUUAUAUUUGCACCUUGUAUUGUUAUUGAGCGGUAUUCUGUUGAAGUUGAUAGGAUACAAUUUUUUCUCUUACAUCGCCUACUCGACGAGAAAGAUUCUACAAUAAAGGAGGAAGUUAAAGAAUUUUUGAAGUACACAGAGAGGAGACCGUUUCAAUUCAAGAUAUGGAGAUGCAUUCCAGUGAACAUAAUAUUACCACUUGAAAUUAUGUACCUGUCUUAUUCAACUAUUAUCGUUAUAAUAAAUUUUACUCAUUUAUAUAAUUAA